AUGAAUAUGUACUAUAAUAUACUAUAAACUUCUAAAGAUGAUUUAAUCUUAAGAAGCACCAUUUAAAAUGAUAAAGAUUGUGAAUUAGAAACCCUUUAUUAUUAAGUAAACCCUGAUCCAAAUGUUGUAAUUCAGACUUGGAAUGUCUUAAAUAAAACUUAUAUAUUAAGAAAAUUUAUAAAAAAUGUGAUUCCUUAUGUUAAGUAGCAUUUAAAAAUAUAUGUUCCUACCAAUAUAUAUAAAUCAUUAAUCACUUUGGAUGAUAUUUAUAAUAAAUUAAAAAAUAAUACUAUUUAUGACAAUUUAAAGAUUGAUUAAAAUAAUUUACCUGAAAGAGUUUUACAAGAGUUUCAAAUUUUAGAGUAAAAAACAAAAGAUAGAAACUACAUAAGAUUAAGAGUUCUAACUAAUAUACCUUUUAUAAAAAAAGGAUAGCUUAAUCCUAAAAAAAAAGUUAAUAUUAUAGAUACAGUUGUUUUUCAUAUUCCAGGAGGCGGUUGGGUUGGAUUAGAAUCUUUUUCGCAUUAAAUGUAUACUAGAAAAUGGGUUAGUCAGUUAAAAAGUAUUCCCAUUAUUUCUAUUGAUUAUCGUAAAUCCCCUGAAUUUUAAUAUCCUAUACCUCUGAAUGAUUGUUGGUAAAUGUACUAAUUCUUAUUAGAUGGAAUUGGUGAUUUUUAUGAAAACGUUAAUAUUAAAAAAAUUAUUCUUGUCGGAGAUUCUGCUGGUGGAAAUAUGGCGAUAGGAAUUACCCUCAAAGCUUUACAAGAAGGUAUUAUAAGACCCGAAGGAUUAGUUCUAAGUUAUCCAGCUUUAAAUUUAGACAUGGAUUUUUAUACUCCUUCCUUUUCAAAUAUAUAUAAAGAUAUUAUUGUACCUUAUUCAUUUCUUAAGGUUUGUUUGGAUAGUUAUAUUGAUAGAAAAAAUAAGCUUCUAGACAUUUUAAAUGAUCCUUUUAUUUCUCCUAUCUGUAUUCCAAGUAAUAUACUUAAAAAUUUUCCUCCCAUAAGAAUAGGAUGUGGAGAUAAUGAUAUUUUGAGAGAUGAUUGCUUUAGGUUCUUUAAUAAAUUAGUGUAAGAAAACUGCAAUGCUAAGAUGAUAAUUUAUAAUGACCUUUCUCAUGGAUAUUUAAAUCUAGAUAUGCCUUUAGUACUACCUGAUACUUAUAAAUGUGGAUAUGAUUGUGGAUUAUUUAUUUAACAAAUUUUAGAAGGAGAAAAAUUAAAUGAUGUACACUAUUGA